UGUUAUGCCAUUUAGAAAUUUUCUAAGCUGCUCACGAUAUGGUGCAAUUGAUGAAUUGUGAGAAAGUGAUAUACUGCAACUGACAGAUUGCUGAAGGAAUUGUAUUUACAAAAUUCAUACGAUUAUAAAUGUUUUGCGUCUCUCAUUUAUUUUCGUGUGCAGUGAUAAGGUUGAUAUGUGUAUGAAUUAGUUAAUUGCCGAUUGUUAUUUCCCUUGUAUGAUCAGCAUAAAUGCCCAGGCGGAUGUGUUGAAAUUGUUUCCUCAUAGUAAUCCAUGAUGUGUAAAAUUUGAAAAGGUUGUCAUUGAUUAUCGUAACUGUUGUGCAGUUCUGGAAGCAUGGAUUCAAAUUUGAGUUUUUCCGACGGAGACGAUACAAUUUCGUGGACAAAAACAAUUGCAUCAGGUCGAAAUGCUCGGCGUAAUGUACUUGUGUUUCCGCGGGAAGUUUGCAGGUUCUUAACUGCCUUUCCCACGCAAAUAGAUAUUUUUGAUGCAGAUAUGGGGAUUGUGUACCAAGAAGAGCUACGAUGCAGGCCGAGAAAUACAGAGGAGAAUGCGUACAUAGGGGUUGGAUGGUAUGAGUAUGCCAGACAGAGAAGGCUGAAGAGAGGAGACAAGUUGUCCUUGAGGAUAAACAGGGAGGCACACACAUUGGUCGUUUGGCUGUUGAACCGUUGAGGGAGGGAGUGUAAUCGCUUUUGAUGGGAUUUAUGUUG